AUGAGUAUCUGCCUUGAAAAGCAGAAAAUCCGAUGCGGAAUGAUAAGCCGGACGGCUCGACACAUUGCCAUCGAUGAGAAUAGUGGAAAAAUGGCAAUUGUGAGGAAAUCUAGAUCCUCGGAAACCCACGACUACAUCGAAUUCUACAACAUCCUUAGCAGCUGGCUUGCAAUUCCAGAACUCACCGUAUGCCCAGAAAAUGGCUCAAUUGAGCACCUUCUAUUCGUUGAUAAUGGAGAACUGAUGUCUUCACAUGCAAAUGGUUCAGUGUGUUUCAUCGAUCCACACAAUAUUGAAAGAAUCAAGAGAAUUCAAAUUUCGGCGUCAACGAUUUGGGCGGCUUGUAAGCAUACGGAGAACACAAUUGCAAUGAUUUCGCACUCUUCUGUUCUUUAUUUCUUCGAUGUCUCGACGAAGAUGAUAAUUUCAUCGAUAUCUCUGGGAGUUGAAAGUCGACUUUUCGAUGUUUCAAGUAAUGGAACCAUCGUCGCAAUUGGAUCAAUCGAUGGUGUAAUUAUUGCUGGCGACGGAAAAGUUCAACAGACUCUGAAACUGGAUCGUCUCAACCGUCGUGAUCCAACAAUUGCCUGGUCUGUUCUCUUCGUCAAACCUUCACUGUUAGCGUGUGGAGAUUCUCGUGGAACUGUCACUUUUUGGAAUCCAAUUGAUGGAUCUUUGAUUCAAUCGAUUUCCUGUCUUCAAUCACAUAUUCUCGCAAUGGUUUCUACUGAUAAUUCCACGUUGAAUAUCGCUGGCGUUGAUCCAAGAAUCACUGAGCUCCGGGAGACUAGAAAUGGAAAUUACGAGAUUGUAAAUCGGAGAACUGGACCUGCAAGAGAUGUCCGAUCGAUGGCGGUUUAUGAGAAUAUUAUUUUCGCCGCCGGAGAAGAUUUCGACGUCUACACGUGCAAAAGUGGCUGCCAAAAGCUGAUGUUCCAUCAACAAAAGAAUCUCCACGUGGCCAGUGACAUAGUUGUCAGUGCUGGUGAGAACUACUUGGAUGUGAUGUGGAAACAAUCGGGAGAAGAUGAACCAUCAGAAGGAUCAGUGAUACUUCAACAACACUAUGAAAUGAUUCAUUUGGCAAAAAUAUUCACACCAAAAAAGAGAAUUAUCACUUGUUGGGCAGCUUCUCCGUAUGGAAAUUUGAUUGCUAUCGGAACUUGUCAUGACGUCACUAUUUAUAAAAUCUCUCCGAUGGUCAAGAAGAUCAAUCGAAAAGUUGUGAAGACUGCCACGUUGGAUGUGUGUGCCACGUCAUUGAGCAUCACGAAAAAUCUUCGUUUUUACGUGGCAAAAUCCGAUUUUGAAGUGCUGGAAUUCGAUUUGGAGACGGAAAAUGGGAAGGAGUUGAAGAGUAUUAUUAGUCAAGCUGAUUGUGGAAGUGUAUCCCGAAUGGUGUCAUCACCAUGUGGAAAUUAUAUAUGUGUGCUCACAACUCGUUCACAAAUCUUCUCGAUUAACACUGAAACUGGAGAAUCUAGAUUACUGAAAGUGGAUCUACCAAUUGAUAUGACUAUUAAUUCAACAUCAGCAUUUGUUCUAUCAACUAUCACUCCAAAUGAUUCAAAUAAUCAGCAGGACACUAAGAAGAUAUUCCAUGAAGUUAACCUUUCAAAUGGUCUAAUCAAGAGAUCUGCCUGCUCCAAUCAGCUCAGAAUGCUUCCAAGUUCUCCAAAAUCGCUGAUUCCUGGACAACCGAUUUAUCUGAUUGGAAUUGAUUCAAAUAAGAUUAUGACUGCUUCAUAUGAUGGACAUUGGUCUAUUUUGGAUGUGGAAUCCGGUACUGUAGUCUCUGCACAAGAUGGUCCACUAAAAGCGAAUAAGAAACAACGAGAGAAUGAAGAUACUCGACUUCUAGUCAAUGGAAUGAGGUUGAGAGAAGAAGUUGAGCAAAAUGGAGAUGGAAUGAGUCCUUCCAAGAGAACUCGCAGAAAUUCAUUCAAAAAUGAAAUCCCACCAUUCCAGUCAAUGAAUAGCCGUAUCGUACAGCUGGAGGUAACCGGAGACGAGAUUCCAAAGACAGCUGGAUUUAAGAUUAAGAAAUUUGGAAUGCAAUAGAUAUCCAAUUUUUUGUUUUGUUUUUUGUUGUUAUAUUUUUUCGUUCAAUUGUUUUCUCUCUGUUCUCGUUGUCCUUUUGUUAUUCAAUUAUUACUAUGAAAUAAACUUGGUUUUUUCUUC